UUUAACAAGACUAAUCCAGAAAUAUAUUCUAACGUGAAUCUAUAUAAUGUUGAUAUUCUGCAGUUUUGUAUAGAUGUUAGCUGCUUGAUGACUCUUUACAAAACGUCAAAGGAUGCCGUUUGAUGGAUCACAGUAUGAGCCGAUGAGUAAACAACAAUGUUAAUGGAUCGUUUCAAUAUGAAAAAGUUUAGACUUUUUUAACAAUUGAAGGCUACUCGGAUUGUUAAAAACAUAUAUAUAUAUAUUUUUGUAUCAUUACUGUUGUUCCGUGUCGCAUGUAUAGUUUCUAAUUUAAUCCUGUGAGCCUUUUUUUAGUGAUUAACCGUGGGUGGGUUUUUGCUUAUUUCUAUUUGCGCAAACCUAGAGAGUGCAGUAAUACUGUUUAGAUAAAUAGUUUCAUGGGGCGCUGAAGGGAUUCAAAGGUAUAAAUAUUUUCGAGAAAAUGUCGCGGAUAAAGGAUAGAUGUAUUUUGCCGCUGCUAUACUUCGCUGUUUUGAACGCCACUGAAUCCAUCCAUCCUCCUCUCCACAACAAGGUGGAGUUUCUGAAUCCACCACAUGAACCAGUGUCUGAGUAUCUGUUACGGGUCCAGUACUCCUGCUCUGUGUCUGCAGUCGUGCACUUGGAGGCACUUGUGUCAACGGAUACCACAACUGCUGCUCCAGUUUUCCAGAGACACUGGUCCUGUGAGCCAGGCUUGACCAGAAUUCGAGCUCUGACCUUCCAGCUCCCCGACAGCGUGGUGUACCAAGCAGACUGGCUCAUGCUCGAUGCAGAUUGGCUGUUUGAUGUCACGAUGCGUGCCUGGAUCACUGGGCUUGGAACUCAGAGCUCUUACCAGACCAGUCUGGCCCGUGACCUUGUGCAACUGCAGCCUGUACCCCCAUUCAGCCGUCCAUUGAAAGAGCACCAACUCUGCCUGCGCUGGGAUAAGGAUUUGCUGUGGCGUAUUCACGGAAAGUCUGUUCCUCAAUGUCCAGAAGAACAAGAGGUGGCCCCUUUCAUCUCCUUUCUGUUUGCGUCCACUGGAGAGAACUUUGGCAUCACCAGGACUCUGCAUCCUUACAGAAACAAGGUCUUAGAACAGCUGAGGUUGAAAACUGUUUCCUCUCCUUGGUGUAUGAUCUCUGCCUGGCUAUUCCUCACCCAGCACUGCAAGCAUCAUCUGUGUGGAGUGCUGCAUCAUGUGGACUAUCAGAAGAACUAUUCCACCCCUGCCAUUUUUCUUACUAGCUCUGGCCAGUUCCAUAUCCAGGUGACUGGGGAGGAUGGGAAGUCUGUAGCCUUCCUGGUCAGCUUUCAGAUGCCACUGGGCAGGUGGUGUUGCAUCCAACUGGCGAUCCGUGGGAAAUCGGUUGAUGUUGUUAUGGUCUGCGUAGAUGGGGAACAGCACUCUGUGUAUUCUGCUGAGCACAGGUUCAAACAAGCUGUGCACCUGGAUGACACAGAUGGCCAUUUCAUCUUGGGAGGAAGUCAUUAUGUGAAAGGCAUUGAAGGCUUCUUUGGGCCCUCUCUGUACUAUCGCAACAGAAUAAUUUCAUCGUCGAAGAUUGCUGUUCCGGAACUGAUUAGGGAAAUUAAUUUGACAGGAUGGUUUGAGUCUUGUCAGCUGUUUCAGAAAGAGCUUUAUGUGAAAAUGACAAGAUACUCACAGAAAGCCAGACAAUCUGCGAGAGUUAUGGAUACCUACAGUAUUUGGGCAUUCCAAGAAAUCCCUCCACCUGCAAUGUCACAUUGUGAGCUGUGGGAGGCGCCACCCACCUCCCAGAGACGCCCUGCUGUCCGACUUGCACAGAUUCUAGCAACCAAACAUGGGGCCGAAAGACUUAAGCUGAAAUCAGUGGGUAAGGUGCUUUACUCCAGAGCUCUUCGCAAGCUGACCCAGGAAAGACCACCUUUCAGUGUCAGAGGGGUCAUGCCCCUCCUGCUACAGGCUGGCUGUCUGGGUGACAUGAGAGCCCUGUUCUUAUCAUCAGUGCUCUACAACAGUGGUCUUGGUGUCAAGAGGCAACCCAAGAAGGCCAGACUGCUGAGCCUCUUGGCCGCACAGCAGGACUGGAGACUGGCGCUGCUGCAGCUCGGUCACCUGCAUCACCUGGGAGAGCAGGACGUCCCUGCGGACGCGGCCCAAGCCUAUGCCUACUACUCCAACAUAGCUGCUCAGACGGCAAUCGACAGGCAGAACCCCUCAGCGAAGCAGAAAUUUGUGGAGUCGAUUCACCUGAGUGACGAGGACAUGCUGAAGCUCCAGACGAGUGAAGACGAUGACCUCUUCCUGUGGCUCAAACACCAGGCACGCAGAGGAGUAGCAGAGGCUGAGCAAGCAGUGGGCCGGAUGCUGUUCUGGGGCCAGCAGGGAGUGUCCCCCAACCUUCAGGCCGCCGUGAAGCACUACGAGCGGGGGGCGGUACAGCUGGAAGACACGGUGUCCAUGUACGACUACGCCAUCGUGCUUCUGAAGGGUCAAGGAGUGAAGCAGGACAUCCCCAGGGCAGUGAGCUUUCUGAAGAAGGCAGCUGAACGGGACUUUGUGGCAGCCAUCAACGCCCUCGGCUGGUACUACGAGCACUACAAGAAGGACUAUGCUAGAGCGGUGGAGCUGUGGGAGCGGGCCGAUGGUCUGGGGAGCCCUGAAGCUGCCAUGAACCUUGGGGUCAUGUAUUCCCAAGGUCAUUAUCCCGGGAAACUGCCUGACAAGUUCACAGCGUACACUUACUACUUAAAGUCUGCCGAGAGGAGAAGCAUUGACGGUGCGAUCCAAUUGGCUGAGGUGUGGAUCAGAGGGAUUCCCGGUCAGGUCAACAGGCUCCCAGUGAAUGCAGUCCUGUGGACAAAAUGGGUAGCUGAGCAGAAUGGGUACCUGGGGACGCUGCUGAGGACGGGCCUGGAUGCUUACCUCCGUCAGGACUGGCCUUCUGCACUUGUCUGGUUCCUGAUGGCUGCUGAAUCAGGGUUUGCCACAGCCCAGUUCAACGUGGCUUAUCUCUGCGAGCACAAUCCUGGAAGCUUCUUGGAUGAAGAUUUUGUGACAGAGUGCAUGUGGCGAUACUACAACCUUUCCAUUCAAGCUCAGGAACCUGCACCUUAUGCCCUGUUAAAGAUGGGCGACCUGAUGUACGAUGGCCACGCGCGAAGGCAAAGAGAUGUGACCGCAGCUGCUCACCUGUACAAAAGGGCGGCGCUCAAGAGCCACCCGCAGGGCUGGUACAGUCUUGGCCUACUUGUCCAGGAUGGGGUGCUGCUGCCGGGCUCCCUGUUGGCUGAGCUGGACCUCUGGGAGCUCCAUGGAGCUGACAACCACACAGUGCUCAGCACAUUUUACCAGAGGUGCAGAGACCACUCAGACACUGAGGCUUACCUGCCCUGCAGCUUUGCCCUGAUCCAUGCUCAUCUGCUGUCUGCCUGGAAGCUCCACAGCUCCACCAUGAUGGGACGAGAUGGGACCAUCUCAUCAGCCGGACCCCAGGAGGCUCAGGUCCUCCCGCUCCGCUUAGCGCUCCCCCCAGGCCGCGAUGCGGGCCUUACCCACCAGCCUUCACAGAAGCAUCUCUGAGCUGUGAAUCGGUGGAUGGUAAGUAAGCCAAGCAGACAUCAGCCCCCUUUUUAAUUUAGAGAUCAUUGUUGCUACACAAUGCACGACAAGGAAAUGCAUCUUCUGCAUUAAACUCACAUGUGACGUCAUGACAUAGCAGGGGGCAGCUAAUUCAGCACCCAGGGAGCAGUGUUUGGGGGUGGUACCUUGCUCAGGAUACCUCAGUGGUGCCUUGCUGGUCAGGAAUUUGAACCUGCAAUCUUUCAAUUACAAGUGCGCUUCCCUAACCCACCACAUUUUCGUAAAGCUUUCACAUGUUAGAUUGCUGCACAGUAGCGACAAAGUAUCCAGGAAGCCCAUUAGAUCCAAACAAGCUUUGAAUCUGGUAUGGCAUUAUCACAGGACCUCCCAGAAGGCACUGAUCUCCUGUGCUGCUCUGAUCGGUGAUGUGUAAGGAAGUUUGCUUGCAUCCAUGUGACGGCAAGGAUCAUUCACCUCCUGCUCCCUCUGUAACAGUUUUUCUCUCACCUCUGAGAUUCCCUUCUGACCACAGGACCUCAGUCAUGGUCAGUGGUUUCCAGGCCAGGCCCUCGACAGACUCUGUGCAUGUCCUUUCAGAAUAUAACCCUGCUUUGAUGCUUUGUGACGAUCAGUGAUAUCUGUUAAUAGCUGACUACCUCUGUUCUUUACA